AUGGCACCACCACUACAGCCUCCGCCUCCCCCUCCCCCGCCUCCAGCCCUUACGGUCCCCAACCUAAACGGAAAGGAUAACAAAGUUUCAACAAGUCCCUCAAACCCAGUUCCAUCACCGCCAGAGGUCCCGCAAACCGGCCCGCCAAACUCACUCCUCGUCUCCCUGCUCAUGUACAACGGCUGGCCGUUCGCCGACCACUGGGAAUACUUCGUCGCGUCGCCUCGCGACCCGAAUAAGGGGUUGGUGGUGCAAGCUGCCGGGGACGUGAGGGGCGGGUUCAGGUUGGAGGUCAAGAGGGGGUUCUCUCUGCGCAUUGAUGAUGCGAGUCGUGAGUAUAUGCAUGGUGUUGGGUGUUUUCCGGGGGUAUUUGAGGGUGAGAAGGAUGGGGACGUGGUGGUGGAGGGAACGCCGAGGUGUGAGUUCGAGAGGACGCUGUUCAAGGUUCCCGCGCCGGGGAAGACGCUGCGGGCGGUAGAUGCAGAACACGGCGAUGCGGUAAGUCUCUCUGGAAUGGUUGGGAUGGGCGACGGGCGGAGGAAGAUUACACAGCGCAACUGCCAGACUUGGGUGGUUGAGUCGGCUGAGCAGCUGGUGCGGGAGGGCAUCUUUGAACAGCGUGUCGUCGAUUAUCUGCGGGCGACGAGCAUCAUGACGCAGACGAGUCAAUGA